AUGGGAGGUCGUUAUAUCACUAAUGAGACAAAAUACAUUUGUCUUGCUGAUAAUGGCACUUUUUUGGCAGGAGGCAAUGCAUGUUCUAAACUUGAGGCUUCAUCAGGAGGUGGAGGGAGUGAAUUUUACGGCGGAGGUGGAGGUGCAGAUAUAGGUGCUGGUGGUGGAGGGAGUAGUUGGGCUUCAAAAAUACUUAAAAAUGUCAUAUACAAAAAUGGAAAUGAAAAUAUCAUUGAACCUGAUGGAUCCAAUAAUAUUGGUCAUUCAGGGAACGGAUUUAUUUCUAUCAAACCAUAUGUAUAUUGUUCUCUAGGCAUAAAUAAACCAUGUUUACACUUUAAUAUUCUUUAUACAUUUGUUUUUAUUUUGAUGGAAAAAUAA